GAAACUGCCCGGAUUAGCAGCACACUGUUGCUCUGAGGGGAGCGUUUCUCUCGAAAUAAAUUCUGAAACAAAUCGAUUACAUUCGCGGUGCGGCGGUAGAAUCCAACCGGAAAUGUUUCAGCUUCUUUAAAGCUGCCAACGGGGGGAAAUGACAUGUGAACGGGGAGGUUUAGGACUGUGAUUACAGAGGGGGGUGAAGUGGACUGUAGCUGGCAGCGCUACCAGGAGAAACUGGAGUCGCAGCGAACUGAACUUUACUACUGUUUCAUCACAACAAAGGAGCAACAGUUUUACUUUUUAAAGCAUUUAUUCGACGUCGCGAUAUAUUUAAAGACUUGGAGGGAAGCUGAAAUGCAAGGCGAGCCUAGCCGGUGUGUUUGCGUUGCUAAAGGACAUGGAGCUCAGACAGGCGCCGUCUGAAUAGCAUUGAUCCAGACUGUUCUGCCAGCCUCCCACACCCCGUUUAAUCAAGCCAACUAAAUGUAAAGGAUCCAUCGGUUUCAAGCUAUCAUGGAUAUUUUUCCUCGACCAAGCGGUGAAAUCCAGAGGAGGAACCCCCAGCAUGACUUUGAGCUCAUUCAGAGGGUGGGAAGUGGAACAUAUGGAGACGUGUACAAGGCACGAAACAUUCAAACAGGAGAGCUUGCUGCUGUCAAGAUUAUAAAGUUGGAACCAGGAGAUGAUUUUUCCAUAAUUCAGCAGGAAAUCUUCAUGGUGAAAGAAUGCAAGCACCACAACAUUGUGGCCUACUUUGGGAGCUACCUCUGCCGAGAAAAACUGUGGAUAUGUAUGGAAUACUGUGGAGGAGGAUCUCUGCAGGACAUCUAUCACGUAACGGGGCCUCUGUCCGAGCUUCAGAUUGCAUAUGUCUGCAGGGAGACCUUACAGGGUUUGGGAUAUCUGCACAUGAAGGGAAAGAUGCAUCGUGAUAUUAAGGGAGCGAACAUACUCCUAACGGACAAUGGAGACGUGAAGUUAGCUGACUUUGGAGUUGCUGCCAAAAUUACAGCUACCAUUGCAAAAAGAAAGUCGUUCAUUGGAACGCCUUACUGGAUGGCUCCUGAGGUAGCAGCAGUUGAGAAGAAUGGAGGCUACAACCAGCUGUGUGAUAUCUGGGCUGUGGGCAUCACGUCCAUCGAGCUCGCUGAGCUGCAGCCUCCAAUGUUUGACCUGCAUCCGAUGAGGGCCUUGUUUUUGAUGUCCAAGAGCAGUUUCCAGCCUCCUAAGCUAAAAGACAAAAACAAAUGGUCUGCUGCUUUCCAUAACUUUGUGAAAGUCUCUCUAACAAAGAACCCAAAGAAGCGGCCGACUGCAGAGAAACUUUUACUGCAUGUCUUUGUGGCUCAGACUGGGUUGACAAGGAGGCUUGCAGUUGAUCUGCUUGAUAAGAUGAACAACCCAGACAACCACCAACAUUUCAGUGAAGUGGAUGAUGAUGACAUCGAGCCUCUGUCCGUGGUCAGACACACCAUCCGUUCCACCAACAAACACCCAAAGGUUGAGAGGACCCGCUCUGAGAUCGACUCAAACAAUGGAUCAGGCCUCGAGCGUCCAAUCUCAGGUCCUAGUGACUCUGAGGGACACAGGGGGGAUGCAGUUGACAAGGUCCAGUUUCAGGCACCUCUUCUCCCGAAAGAAACCGAAGCUCAUGUUGAAAUGGAUGUGAAUAAAGAUAAUGACUUCCCUUCCCCAUGGAGCCCCUUUGCAGAUGGAGGAAUAACAACCAGGAGCCUUCUCAAAAGCGUUGAGGAUGAAUUGUUCCAACGUGGACACAUCGCCCAUCUGGAAGAUGCCACUGAAGAAGUUGAGCUGUCGACGCUUAAACCAGGUGUACCUCCUCCUCUCCCUCCAAAGCCACGAAUAAACACAUCAUCUGAGGAGCUUGGACUGAACGAGGAGAGGUCUCUGACAGUUCGUAGGUUCCCAAACUCUGAAAACGGACCGAGCCAGGCCAUCCGCAGACAGAGCACACCUGAUCAGGGCCACAAGGUGGAGCAUUCGUCAUCUGACUUCCUGUCGGCGAGCGUCAGCAGCCCUGGCUUCUUAUCGCAUGCCUCUGACCCUGCUCCAAUUAAAUGUGAGUAUAAAGAUUAUGAUUCAGAUGGAAGCGUAAAUGGAGGAAGUCCUACGCCAACGCCACACCGUAAGGAGAAAAAGGAGUUCCCGAAACCAGCAAUAAACGGUCUGCCACCCACUCCUAAAGUACUGAUGGGAGCCUGUUUCUCUAAAGUGUUUGAUGGCUGUCCGCUGAAAAUCAACUGUGCCACGUCUUGGAUUCAUCCAGACACUAAAGAUCAGUACCUAAUCUUUGGAACAGAGGAUGGCAUCUACACACUAAAUCUUAAUGAGCUGCAUGAGGCAACAAUGGAGCAGCUUUUCCCAAGGAAGUGCACAUGGCUGUAUGUUAUCAACAACAACCUGAUGUCCCUGUCUGAAGGGAGAUCUUUCCAGCUGUAUUCUCACAAUCUGAUCGGGCAGUUCGAGCAGCUGAAGAAGCCUGGCCUCGCGGCCCAGUUUCAGACGCACCGCUUCCCAGACAAAAUUUUGCCCAGGUGAGAUCUUCAUCUAUGGAACCCUUUUC